UGCAACUUUCCCAAGUCUGUGCACGAGAGCGAGAGGAGGAAAACUCAGAGGGAAGUGGCGUGGCUUCAACAGACUUUUUUUUUUGCCUGUCUUUAUCACAAAACCUUUUCCCUGGCACUGCUGAGACUACUGCUCUAAGAAGAGACCCCAGACUGAGAGAGGACUCCCAGCUGUCCUCGGAGCGGAGGCCGAGUGCUACACAGCCACAGCUGCUCUGAAGCCCCUCCAUGAAUCCCCGGAAGAAGGUGGACUUGAAACUCAUUAUUGUCGGAGCCAUAGGUGUGGGAAAGACCUCCCUCCUUCACCAAUAUGUGCACAAGACAUUUUACGAGGAAUACCAGACCACUCUGGGGGCCAGCAUCCUCUCAAAGAUUAUUAUAUUGGGUGACACAACUUUGAAGCUACAGAUCUGGGACACUGGCGGUCAGGAGCGGUUCCGCUCCAUGGUGUCCACGUUCUACAAAGGUUCCGAUGGCUGUAUCCUAGCGUUUGAUGUCACCGACCUGGAGUCUUUUGAAGCCCUGGAUAUCUGGCGGGGUGACGUUCUGGCCAAGAUUGUCCCCAUGGAGCAGUCCUACCCCAUGGUGUUGUUGGGGAACAAAAUCGAUCUGGCAGACCGGAAGGUACCCCAGGAAGUAGCGCAAGGCUGGUGCAGAGAGAAAGAUAUUCCUUACUUUGAAGUCAGUGCCAAGAAUGGCAUCAACGUGGUGCAAGCCUUUGAGAUGCUGGCGAGUCGGGCUCUGACGAGGAGACGGGGUUUCACCGUGUUGGCCAGGAUGAUCUCGAUCUCUUGACCUCGUGAUCCACCUGCCUCAGCCUCCCAAAGUGCUGGGAUUACAGGGGUGAGCCACCACGCCCGGCCCUACUGUAGAUCUUGUUGGCAAGAAGAAGGAACCUGCAUGGAGGAAUGUCGGGGCACGGGACACAGUGAUGAAGCCAGUGAGGCCACGGAGGCCUCGUGAACCCGGAUCAGGAGUUCUGACAUCAUACCACAGGCCCAUGCCUCCCAGAUGGCACUGCCAGGCCACCCGGGGCACUCAGGAGCUCACACCCAGGACCUUGAAACCCAACAGGGCACGACUUUCUGCAGUGUCUUUGUUACUUAGAAAUUUGGAGAUGGCCGGGCGCGGUGGCUCACGCCUGUAAUCCCAGCACUUUGGGAGGCCGAGGCGGGUGGAUCAUGAGGUUAAGAUAUCGAGACCAUCCUGGUCAACAUGGUGAAACCCCGUCUCUACUAAAAAUACAAAAAAUUAGCUGGGCAUGGUGGCGCGUGCCUGUAAUCCCAGCUACUCAGGAGGCUGAGGCAGGAGAAUUGCCUGAAUCCAGGAGGUGGAGGUUGCAGUGAGCCGAGAUCUCACCAUUGCACUCCAGCCUGGGUAACAAGAGCGAAACUCUGUCUCAAAAAAAAAAAAAAAGAAAUUUGGAGGAGAAACAUUUUCACAUAAAAACAAACACAUUUAACUAGGGCAUAGAACAUAAAAUUCACUUCAAUUCUUAAGAUGAAACAAGUUUACAAAUGUAUAUUUUGAGGUCAAAGAAAAGUUUUCAAAGGCGUUUCCUAUGAGGAAUUUCCCUUCCUUUUCAGGGAGACUGUGGGCUCAUUUGCUCCAGCCCAGGGCAUUUGAGAGGAAGAUGAGGGAGGUGCUUCUAUAACAAGGAGAGCGCCCCGACUCGGGUGGAGAGAGCUGGGGCUCUAAAGUCGGAGGGUCUGGCCUUGUACCCAGCUCUGCCUCUCACUGUGUGUCCCUGAGCAAGUCAUGCAGCCUCCCUGAGUCACCACUUCUCUAGCUCUAAAGUACAAAUAAUAUAUUCCCCAUGAGGUUAUUGUGAGGGUUAAAUAAAAUAUUACUGUAGGCCGGGUGUGGUUGCUCACACCUGUAAUCCCAGCACUUUGGGAGGCAAAGGUGGGCGGAUCACUUGAGGUUGGGAGUUCAAGACCAGCCUGACCAACAUGAAGAAACCCCAUCUCUACUAAAAAUACAAAAUUAGCUGGACAUGGUGGCACAUGCUUGUAAACCCAGCUACUUGGGAGGCUGAGAGAGGAGAAUUGCCUGAACCCAGGAAGUGGAGGUUGCAGUGAACUGAGGUUGUGCCGUUGCAUUCCAGCCCAGGCAACAAGAGUGAAACACCGUCUCAAAAAUGUGUGCGUGUGUGUGUGUGUGUGUGCGUGCGUGUGUGUGUGUGCGUGCGU